AUGUCCAGCCUCAUUUACGCAGUUCUUCACAUCAUCUUGAGUAUCCUCAUCCCUACGGCAAACAUAGUGGUCAUUGUCAUAUUGUCCAAGAUCUUGAAGAAAAACCACUGCAAGAGCUACAUCUUCAUCCUCAACCUGGCCGCUGCUGACCUCCUGGUGGGACUCAUGUGCAUCUUGGAGGCGCUUGAUGAUAUGUUCGAUGGAGACUUUGAUAAAAAUUUGUUCUUCUGCCUCCUGAGGCUGUGUUUUACAGUGACUCCAUGCAUCGGAUCUAUACUGACCUUGCUUCUGAUUUCCUUGGAUAGGUACCUGGCAGUGACCCUGCCACUAUCUUACAGUAAGAUUAUGAACAUGAAGUCCAUCUGUGCUCUGCUCACAGUCCUAUGGACUAUUGCAUUCAUAAUUGGUCACAUGCCUUUAAUCUUUCCAUCUCUGCAGCAAAUCAAUUACUCUGGCAUCUGUGGUCUCUUCUAUGCGGCCAAAAGCGACUACUUGUAUAUUCUGUGUUUCCUAGUUUUUCUGCCUGCUUUAGUCACAAUUGUAUGUCUUCACACUGCAGUGGGCAGGAUAGCAUACUCUCACCAUAAGAGGAUCCAGAGAACCAGAGCUGUUCUCCCGACCAAUCACCCAACACAGUCCUCCAACUUCAAGGCAGCAAGGACAGUACUCAUAGUCAUUAUUUGCUUCACAUUGUCCUGGGGUCCAUACUAUAUCACUGGCAUCAUCCAAGCUACCUGCACCUCUUGCAAACUUGUGGAUUUAUUGAAAGACAUACUGUUUGUCCUGGGGGAACUAAAUUCUCUGCUAAAUCCCAUCAUUUACACGUUCUACUGCAGAGAGAUAAGAAGUUAUCUGCACAGGUUCAUCAUUUGCAAAAGAAGAAAGGUGAACCCACAAGGAGUAGCUGUGGUCCACUUCUCUAAUAUCAGGGGGCAGAGCAUCCACGAUGAAGCCAAUAUGGGACAUAUAUCAGGGGACAGUGUCCCCAACGUGUCCAUCUUUAUCAGUUCUACUGAAUACAGCAAAUGA